AGAGUGCAGCCAGCGACAGAAGGACGCCCAAGCCAUCUACCAGGCCACAGGUGUAGACACCUACUUCCGCGAUUACGAGGCGUGGAAGAUAUCUUCUAUGUUCCUGCUGGGUCACCUGGCCAGCCAGAUGUUCGGUAACAAAUCAGUCGCGGAGACGUACGUGCUGCGAGUGCGCACGGAACACACACCGUCGAGUACGUCGAAGAAGCGGUUUAAGAUCACGGAUAAACCUGAGGUUGUGGCUGUUGGUGACCUUCCAGCCGCUAUACAAACGCAAGCGAGGGAGAGACUCCAAGAAACAGACGACAGAUUCCAGGCCUUAGUCAUAGUGCUACACAAUCUGGUAGGCAGUACCACACGAGCAGAGAGUGUGCAUGUCGAACGAAGGCUGAUGCCUGCCAAAGAAGAUUUCUACACGUGUGUGAACAAGGAUUCUAUUGUGGAUUGGUUAAAUAGCGACGAAUUUUGGCAAUAAGCUGGAUGCCACACUCAAAUAUUUACAAGGAAUGAUUAAAUAUGGAUGCUAUAGAUGGUAGUGAAAUACGGGCCCAUUAGACCAAUUCUGACAGGAAACAUGGCGUACAAAAUAGUGCAACAACAAAGUCCUCUGAAAGUUGCCCUUACUGAUCAUAAUCAAUAGCUUGAUUUUCGUGAC